AUUUUGUCCUUUUUCCCGCACAGCUCCACACUCUGCGAGGGCCGUGGCCAUGGCAUCUUCAGCUCACCUCUCGUUUCUCGCCGGGCGUUCGGCCCUUAUCUCCGGAGACGGCGUCAGGUUCUCCCCAAACCGGCCCGCAUGGUCCCGUCUCCGUUGCUCCGCCGGUCAGAGCGGGUUCUUCACGCGUCUGGGUCGCUUGAUAAAGGAGAAGGCCAAGAGCGACGUCGAGAAGGUUUUCUCCGGAUUCUCCAAGACCAGAGACAAUCUCGCUGUAAUCGACGAGCUCUUGCUCUACUGGAAUCUCGCCGACACCGACCGAGUUCUCGAUGAGCUCGAAGAGGCGCUGUUGGUGUCUGAUUUCGGACCGAAGAUUACGAUUAGAAUUGUCGAGAAGCUGCGGGAUGAUAUAAUGUCUGGGAAACUCAAGUCAGGAAGCGAAAUAAAGGAUGCAUUGAAGAACAGUGUUCUGGAGAUACUGUCCAAGAAAAGCAACAAGACAGAGCUUCAAUUGGGUUUCAGGAAACCGGCUGUUAUCAUGAUUGUUGGUGUUAAUGGAGGGGGGAAGACGACAUCUCUUGGGAAGCUGGCUCAUAGAUUGAAGAACGAAGGAACCAAGGAUUUGAGUGGACAUUGGAAAUUCAUGCUAAAAGGGGUUUCGAGCCUUUGUAAAGGUGAUACAUUUAGAGCCGCUGCAAGUGAUCAGCUAGAGAUAUGGGCAGAGAGGACAGGGUGCGAGAUUGUCGUGGCCGAAGGAGAGAAGGCCAAAGCGUCUUCAGUUCUCUCACAGGCUGUGAAAAGAGGGAAGGAGGAAGGUUUUGAUGUUGUUCUGUGUGACACUUCUGGACGUCUGCAUACUAAUUUCAGCUUGAUGGAAGAACUGAUUGCAUGCAAGAAAGCAGUGGGAAAGGUCGUCUCUGGUGCACCAAAUGAGAUCUUGCUUGUCCUUGACGGGAACACUGGCUUGAACAUGCUUCCACAAGCUAGAGAAUUCAACGAGGUUGUUGGAAUAACCGGCUUGAUCUUGACAAAACUGGAUGGAUCAGCCAGAGGAGGCUGUGUGGUCAGCGUGGUUGAUGAAUUGGGCAUUCCCGUAAAGUUUAUCGGAGUAGGGGAAGGUGUAGAAGACCUCCAACCCUUUGAUGCUGAGGCCUUUGUCAACGCUAUAUUCUCCUAAGGCCUAAACCCUAGUUUUCCGACUGCUUCUCAAGGGCCAUUCUCUUCUACAAAGGCAAACAUGCAUUCCCACCCGAGCAAAGCAGCUGCAGUUUCACUAGAUUGCUUCAUUCGGUGCAAAUAUCUCGGUAUGCAUACUUGUGCUGGGAGUGCAGUCCAUGUGCAUUUAGACACAAGUCAUUGAUCAAAAAGGAGAUGUAACUAACAAGUUGAGCAAUGCACAUGCAUAAAUAUAUCAGCAACCAUGCCGGUUUUUUUUUUUGGAUA